UUGAACAGCUUAGUUAGUUAGUUGGUUAACUUGUUAGUUUAAGGGAUAAAUCAAUGCAUCGCUGACUAGCGUAUAAAACACACUUUUAUUUUGAAACCCACACGCGCGCCUGCUCUUCCCGGAAGUACGUCACUUCAGCAUCCUCCUCACAUCCCAUUCACGCUAAUUAUUCCUGUCCGGGUUAUUUGUGUUGGAGUGAAUCUCCUUUUCAGCUGAGUUUACAUGUCGAACGGGUAAAAUACAGGUUUAGCUGGGAGGGAAAACUCUAUAAAUAUUUGCAUUCGCGUUAAGUUUGUUGAUAUUAGCUGCCGCUGUGAAUUGUUAGGAUUUCAGUUCACUCCUGUAAUAAUAACGGCUGCUUUAUCUGCCAUCAGCUGCAGGGUGAAACGGGGGAAGACAGUUCUCCAAGCUGAGCAUGUUGCAUGUUCAUGACAUGCCUGUGUAACUUCUGAGCAUGGAGGCGGUGCUUGUCAGCAAUCGUUACUUCAGGAAGAAAAAAACCCAAAGCAUCAAUGGAGAAGGUCAUGAGCCGGUGAUGGACAUGGACAGACUGGAAUCACUGUUAACGGUCGAAGAUGACGACGACUGAAAUGAGGUGGAAUAAUUUACUGACACUUUGAUGGACAGCCACUAGCAAAUAAGCGAAAAUAGCAGUGCCGCAGAGACAGGAGAACUCGGGUCCGUUCUCUCAUGGACCUGUGCAGCAGGAACCCGAACCGCACGGUGCCUGUGAGCGACGGUGUGCCCAGACGAGCCGACGUACCCCUGUGCUCCAGAACAAAUGGGUGGAGCUGGCCUCCUCACCCCUUCCAGCUGUUCGCGUGGCUUCUCUACCUUUACUUCGCAGUCACAGGCUUUGGGGUUUUCAUCCCUCUGCUGCCGUCACACUGGAUCCCGGCUGGCUAUAUUUGUACGGGCAUUACGUUCGUUUGUCACCUGCUCGUGCACCUGACCGCUGUCUCCAUCGACCCUGCGGACUAUAACGUCAGAUCAAAGAGCUACAAGGGACCACUGCCUGUGUUCGACCGCACAAAACACGCACACGUCAUCGAGAACUGCCACUGUUACCUCUGUGAGGUGGAUGUAGGGCCGAAAUCCAAACACUGCAGCGCCUGUAAUAAGUGUGUGGCCAGUUUCGAUCACCACUGCAGAUGGCUCAACAACUGUGUGGGCAGCAGAAACUAUUGUGUUUUCCUGACCAGUGUCAUAUCCGCUCUGCUGGGCAUAUUUUUAAUUGUGAUCAUCGCCACAUACGUUUUCAUCGAGUUCUUUUUGGACCCGUCGAAGCUGCGAUCUGAUAAACACUUCCAGCAAGUGAAGAAUGAAUCUGUGGUGUGGUUUGUGUUCUUGCCUGUGGCUCCUGUAUCUACAGCAGGACCAGCCAUCCCUGCACUGGCAGGAGUAACCAUCACGAUGGGGCUUCUUUCCUCACUACUGCUCGGCCAUUUACUCUGCUUCCACAUCUACCUCAUGUGGAACAGGCUGAGUACAUAUGACUACAUCGUUCGACAGAGACAUCGACAGGAGGCAAGAGACACUAACAGAGGACCUUCAGGGAACGAGCCUGGAGUUCCCAAGAUGAACCUCAUCAAGGACGUGAGCUAUUCAGGUACUCUAGGCUACACCAAUCCCGAGAUGGAGGUAGAGGAUCCUGCCACCAGGAGCUCACAUGGAAAUCCCGAGUUGUACGGUAACGGCAGGAUCAGGAGCUCGCAAGAAAGAACGGCCGACGAGGAGCUACUCCCUACCGUGUCCACGGAGCAGAAACCAGCACCUCGUCCUUCUAAAAACACUCAGAAGAAAAAGAAAAAAGUGCGUAAAAUACCAGCAGAAGUGAUCAAUGACCGAGGCACAGAGAUGAGUACGAGUAGAGGCCUGGCACAUCAUUCAGCUGAGCAAGAGUUCUCCGUAGCUGCUGCCACUCUGUCCUCAUCCUUAAGCCAGCGCCUCGCUUUCCCAGCAUUCCCUGUGCGGGUGACCCUCCCCCCUCUGGCCCCUGUGCAAGCUGCCGGCCCCCCUGCUGAGUACCACUCUGAUUCCGCAGAGUCUCUGGAGGAGAUCCCUGUAGCUCUGGCACGCCUGGGGACUGCCACACCAGCGCGGGUGCCCAUCACUACCGUUGGCCAUGCCUCCUCUACACAGCGUGUUUUACUUCAGCCAUUACCCUCUCCACAGCCCCGGACCAAAAAGAAGGCUGUGGCUCGCAAGGUUGCAGAAGAGAGAUUCGAGAUGGCAUCCCAUAAUCCUUUCGUAUUCGUCAGUAGAGGAAGUGAAGAGACUACAUUAACUCUAGACGGCGCCAGAGCGGAGGACGGACUCGGUUACGUCGGAAAACGCAAGCACACAAGCAAGAGAAGAGGCGUAGAGGAGCCGAGACUCGGCUCCAGAACAAACACACCGCUAGCAUAGGAAUACAAUUGCCAUGACUUACCUGGCUGAGCAAAAUGCUAGCAAAACCUCCCAGAGAUAAGCUCUAUCAUAAUCAUACGAAUCCACGGGCACUACAA